AUGCGGCGGAGGAGCCAGCGAGGCCGAGGAGAGGUCGAGGUCGCCCGAAGCGGUCGAGGACCAGAGCCAAGGAACAAGCACCACCGUCGAGACAGCACCGCGGGCAAAAAGCGCCGCAUAGGAGAACCAGAAGACACCAUAGACGAACAACCGGAUGACAACAACUGGCUGGACGCCUCAUUUGCACCGGAUGUCGGCACACAGAACAGUCUGCCACGGAAUAUUUUUGACGAGGAACUCACACGAUUCACUAACGAAGUAACUACAAUCAACGACGUCGACGUGGACAGCACACCAGCUCCCAGUCUGGAGGAUCUAGAUCCCGCGAGCCCUGAGUAUCGAAAGCUCAUCACUCUGAGGUACAAUCAACAGCGUGCAGUGGUGGCGAGGUCCUCCCCUCCGAUGGUCACGACCGAGGCAGAGACUCUUCAAUAUAACGUACACAAAGCGUGGCCCGUGAUGGCCACGUUUCGCAGGGACAAGAAAGUCCUACAAGCAGACAUCGUUGCAGUACAGGAGCCAUGGAAGAACGAAAACCAACAAACCACCCACCAGCCGGCAACGGCAACGUUCAAAUUGCUGUAUCCCAUGAUAGUAAAUCCCACAGAACCGCGUCCAGUCCAGGAUCAUGAAGACACAUCGACGCCGCCUCAACCCGGUGUAUGCCUCUUUGUAUCGAAAAAAGUCGACCCGGCCACAUGGUCGUACCAGCUUAUGUCAGGAGACUACCAGCUCCUGGGAAUCAGACAGGCCCACCUGGGCAAAGACUGGACAAACCUGUUUAUACAUAACACCUGGUGGCGAUACCUGGCGCAGCUGAAGGAAGAGCUUGCCAAACGGCCGUUGGCGGAACAUGUGGUUUUGGGCGAUACUAAUGCACACCAUCCCGCAUGGGGCGGUAUUGGGACAAGGGUCGACGAGGAAGCCGAACAAUUACUGGAGAUCGCAGAUCUACACGAUCUCAAGUUGAUCACCAAAGAGGGAAAGCCCACCUGGACUCGGAACGAUCAAUCAUCAAUGAUCGACCUCACCUUCAUCAGUUCUAGUUUUUCUAGUAGGCUAAUCCGCCGCGAGCAGGCUGACGAUGUUGGGAAUUCGUUAGAUUACCUCCCUGUCCGAACGGUGCUCGAUAUUGAAAGACCACUCCGCCCCUAG